AUGAGCAUUAAGCUAGUUGUUGAGGUUUUUACUUUAAACGUGAUUAGUGUGUACGCACCUCAAGUAGGUUUGGACAAGGAGGUCAAAAGGCAUUUCUGGGAGGAUUUGGAUGAGGUUGUGCAUGGUAUUUCGCACAUUGAGAAGCUAUUUAUAGAAGGAGAUUUCAAUGGCCACAUUGGGUGGGGAGACAUUUGGGUCUACGAUGACGUGCAUGGCGGCUUUGGUUUCAGAGUUAGAAACGGAGGUGGAACUUCACUACUGGAUUUUGCUAGGGCUUUUGAUUUGGUGAUAGCUAACUCAAGUCCCGAAGAAGGAAGAUCACUUGGUCACCUUGCAGAGUUCGAUGGCCAUGACCCAGAUUGA